ACCGAACCCGCUGCCUCUACCUAGAUCCUUCUCCGGGAAAACCGGGCCAUCACCUCCGGGAGGCGGGAUGCUCCUGCUAUUAGCAAAGGAGCCAACCUCCUCCUUGAAGGUUUCAGACAAUUCUAGAAGGAAGACUCCUUUUUUCCCCUCCUGCCUGGCUUGGGACUCUUCUGCCCAACCGGUUUCAGAGAAAAACUCAUGUGGAGUUUCGAGGUUCUGCCCACCCCGACACUCUUGCAGAGAUUGGAUCGGCCCCCCCGAUAGAUACUCAAACCUGCGGCCCGUCAGAUUCUACGUCCCCGAGGACGAAUCUCCGCUGGAACAGCGGCUGCGAAAAUUACGCCAGGAAACCCAAGAAUGGAACCAGCGAUUUUGGGCCGGUCAGAAUCUGGCCUUCCGGAAGGAAAAAGAAGAAUUCAUCUAUAGAAGAUUGAAAGCUAAAGGUUUGGAACUGAGAGAUGAAACAGGUCAGAAAAUAACGCUGAGUGCAGAUGAAAUGGCUGAUUUUUAUAAAGAAUUUUUAAGCAAGAAUUUUAAAAAGCACUUGAACUAUAACAGAGACUGGUACAGACGGAAUUUUACCAUCACCUUCUUCAUGGGGAAAGUGGCAGUAGAGAGAGUUUGGCGGAGACUCGGACGGAAAUGAAGGAAGGUUGGAGGCCCAGAGCACGUCAAGCACCCCCGGGACCGGAACGGAACGGCUGAAGCCCGGGCCUGUCUGAGAGGGUUGGUGGCUGACGGGUUCAGACCCUGGGCCCUUCUGAACUCAGUUUGCUGUGAAUGUCAAGCCCUUUGACUUGACUGAUAAACUUGACUGUAUAGCUAGACAAAGAGUUUUCCCCACCGGGUAAUGCAGGGGUAUCCAAACUUGGUCCGGAUUUUGUGGUCCGGGAAAUGAAGCAGAUUGCCGGCUCCCCCCUCCCCACUCAUUCCAGCCUAGAGGUGUGGUUCCCACAACUCACAGGUCUUGGCACGUCAGGCUCCUCAGAACUCCUUCCUCCUCCUGAGCCACAGCGCAGACGUUACUGAUUGUAACCCCAUCGGUGGACACCGAGAAUCCCUCGCAGCCUUAUUCGAUAAAUAAUACAUUCAUUCAUUCAA